AUGCCACACAAGAAUUCAUUUGAACCAAAAGAUGCCAGAGUCACCAAUGUCUAUGAAGAUGAUGAAGACGAGGAUGAAUUAGACUUUUUAAGCUUGACAUCUUCAUCCGAUGUCACUCCUCGUCCAAGACGUAAAAAGACUGGCACUCAAGAUCUUGCAGAGUUCCUUAUCACAACAAGUCCAGAAGAGUUCCAAAAACAUCCUCCAAAACGUAGCUCAAAUCCUUUCUUUCGACGUCGCAACAAGAGCAAACCAUCCAUCGUAUCACGUCCACCACCUUCCUCUUCAUCAUCCACUCCCGCUCGUAGCCCAAACACAGUACACAGGUCAAACCAUAUUGAAAUCGUCCCCAAUGAAGCUUCCACUUCAACUUCUCUUGCACGCAUCGCCAGCAGAACACCCUCAUUAGCCUCAUCCAGACCCUCCAUUGUGCGUCGCAGUGUCAUCAGCAAUAGCGAACAGCCUGUGUUGCCCUCCAACCGUAGCAGCAAACAGCGGGAAUCCAGUUUAUAUAGCGACUCGAUUCGAUUUUCCAUGUCCACCAGGAGCCAUGCAAGCAAUAACAACUUUGCAUCAUUACGCGGCAACCCACUUAAACGACAUGAUACGGAUGGCACCAUGGGCAGCAGAGCCACCACCUCCUUACCACAACGUAUGAGCCAGCGUACGAUUGGCACUGAUGAAGAUACAGAAGAACGUGAAAAGAAGGCUACAGAGGCAUUGGCAAAUCAAAUUCAACAACAUCCACAUCACGAUGCCAUUGAAAAAGCAUUGUUACAACGAUUGGAACGCUUUCAACUCGCCAAAAUGGAUAAGCCCAGUGAUGCCAUGACAACCCACCUUGCAGUGGAACAUAUUCGUGCGCUCGAAGCAUCCAAUCAAGAUCGUCAUCCAGCAUUUGAUGUUGAUGUUGAUGAUUGCAAUGUACAACAUGAAGCUAUUACACCCAGUGGGAACAAGCCAAAGAAGAAAAUCAGACAUAUGCAAGUUCAAACGAUACCAAUGGAAGAAGAUAAGGACGAACAACAACAACAACAAAAGGAUGUCGUCAUUGGAUUAGAGAAGGAUCCUACUUCACCCAACUCGGACCAUGCUCAAUUGAUUGAACAACUACAACAACAGCUUGCAGAGGAACAAUUACAGAGGAAACGACUCGAGGCAACAUUGAAUGAAACACGAGAUCACUUUGAGACAUUGAGUGGACUUGCAUACAAAAAGCUUCGUGAAUUAUGGGAAGACAAAAUGCAUUGGGAAAACGCGUGUGUGGAUCUUCGGGAACAAUUGAUCAAUGGUGGUGAUCGACAAAACGACAUGAUACCCGAUUUUCCAGAUAGUAUAUAUGAAGAAGAAUAA